AUGAACAAAGAGUUUAACAGCAUUGUGAAGGUUUGGGAAGCAGCAGUUAGAAAAUCAGCUGGACCAAAGAAAAGGGCCAACAGAAUCUUCACAACACCAAUGUCUGUUGCCCAUGUUGACGAUGAUGUUUACCAGGUUGAGAAGAUUCUCAGCAAUGGUGAUUUCUAUACAGGUCAAUGGCUGAACAGUUUUCCAAAUGGUCAAGGUAAGUAUCUAUGGACAGAUGGUUGUAUGUAUGUAGGUGAAUGGCAAAAGGGUAAUAUCAUAGGUAAAGGUAGGUUUAGUUGGCCUAGUGGUGCUACCUAUGAAGGUGAUUUCAAAAAUGGUUUUAUGGAUGGUAAAGGUACUUAUAUAGGUUCUAAUGGUGAUACUUAUAAAGGUUUUUGGGUUAUGGAUAUGAGGAAUGGACAAGGGACACAGAGUUAUUGUAAUGGUGAUUUCUAUGAUGGUGAAUGGAAGAAGGGGUUGCAAAAUGGACAUGGGAGGUAUCAAUGGAAGAAUGGGAAUAAUUACAUUGGUCAAUGGAUGAAUGGUUUGUGUAAUGGAAAUGGUACUUUGAUGUGGCAAAAUGGGAAUAGAUAUGAUGGUUGUUGGGAAGAUGGUUUUCCUAAGGGAAACGGUACGUUUCGAUGGUGUGAUGGUAGUUUUUUUGCAGGUAUUUGGAGUAAAGAUGGGAAUGAACAAACUGGUACUUAUUAUCCUUCUUCUGAUGAUGAUCCUUCUGAUGAUAAUCCUCCCGAUUGGAAACCGAUGGACCUUUUUACGGUUGAUUUGCUUGAUUCUUCUGUUUGUACUUUAGAGAAAGUUUCCAUUUUUCCUUCGCAGAAGAAUUUGAACAUGUUUGGUUUAGAGGAAGAUAGUAGUAAUAAAAAGUUGUCAUCCAGGAAAGUUUUUGAUGCUAAUGGAAAGCCUAAGUGGAAUUUAGGAGAUGAAAGGAUGAGUAAUUAUAGUUCUGAAGAUGGUUCUUAUAGUAGUUAUGAUGGAUCAAGGAGUCCUAUGAUUGAUCAUUCCAUUCCACGAGUUCCCAAUUUGAGAUUAAAGCCUCCUAAGAGACAAGGAGAGACUAUUUCCAAAGGACAUAAGAACUAUGAACUCAUGCUUAAUUUGCAGCUAGGUAUCAGACAUGCUGUUGGAAGACCUGCUCCAAGUACAUCUCUUGAUUUGAAGUCUUCUGCGUUCGAUCCGAAAGAAAAAGUAUGGACCAAGUUUCCACCGGAAGGAUCGAAGCACACACCACCUCACCCGUCAUGCGAGUUUCGAUGGAAAGACUAUUGCCCAGUUGUGUUCAGGGCUCUAAGAAAAUUGUUCAAAGUAGAUCCAGCCGAUUACAUGAUAUCGUUAUGUGGAAAUGACGCACUUCGAGAGCUCUCGUCCCCGGGAAAAAGUGGAAGCUUUUUUUAUUUGACCAACGAUGAUCGAUACAUGAUAAAAACCAUGAAGAAAUCAGAAGUAAAAGUUUUUCUACGAAUGCUUCCCGGUUACUACAAACACGUUCGAGCGUUCGAGAACACUCUAGUCACCAAGUUCUUCGGCCUACAUUGCGUUAAACUACCAGGAGCUUCACAGAAAAAGGUUCGUUUCGUCAUCAUGGGAAACCUAUUUUGUUCGCAAUACGCCAUUCACAGACGUUUUGACUUGAAAGGUUCAACGUUUGGUCGUACAACUGAUAAAGCCGAGGAUGAAAUAGAGCCUACAACGACGCUCAAGGAUCUGGACUUAAAUUAUAUAUUCCGGCUGCGAAAGGCUUGGUUUCAAGAAUUCCACAGGCAAGUGGAUAGAGAUUGUGACUUUCUCGAACAAGAAAGAAUCAUGGAUUACAGUAUGUUGGUAGGUCUUCAUUUUCGAGGAUUGUCGUGUACUAGUGAAGCCGGUACACCUUCUCGCAAUUCUGGCGCUCACACUCCAACCGGUAACUUCGAUGAUGGAGCUCCCCGUCUUUCAGGCGUAGACAUGGAUCGUAUUGUGAUCGAUCCUAGCCGGUGGAUUCAGUUAGGUAUAAACAUGCCAGCACGAGCCGAAAUGACGACGCGGAAAAGUUGCGACACGCCUCAGUUGGUUGGAGAACCAACAGGGGACACAUACGAAAUCAUAAUCUUUUUCGGUAUAAUAGACAUAUUACAAGACUAUGAUAUUAGUAAAAAGCUUGAGCAUGCUUACAAAUCAUUCCAAUACGACGCAACCACGAUCUCGGCCGUUGAUCCAAGGUUAUACUCGAGACGGUUUCGCGAAUUCAUCUUCAGAGUUUUUGUAGAAGACACUUCUUGA